UUUUUCUGUCUUAGUUGGGAUUAAUUUGACGAACUCUGAUCUCUUGGGGCAUUUCUCAUUUCUUUUUUCAUAACGGUUUUAUUGGGGUCAACUUGCGUCCACUUUGACUAGUCACUUGUUAUCUAUUAUCUCCCAAUUUUGUACAUAUGUACCGACUAGUUUUGCCCGCCACGAUCCAAAUGAUAAAAAAAUCACUUAGUAGUUCUUUUUUUUGGUUUAUGAUGGAAUUUAAAGUAUGAUCUCUAAGGAUCUUUUCCACUUGAGUAACUAUUGUGUGCUGAGUGCGAAAGCUAUUUAAGUGAUUAGAAUAUACGUUUUAACAGGCAACAGCCAACUUGUUUCCUUCUUUUGUCUUUACAUUUAAUUGGACAGAACAGAAGCCAUUGUCUUCUUUCCAGAGUUUUCUCUUUAUGGUCAGUCAGUGAAAGAUUUUAAUACUUUCUGAAACUCCUCAGACUUUAACUGUGAGCCCCCCAUGACACAACCCCUUUGUGCCCAUAAUACUUCGUCUUUUUCCCAAAUUUACUCCCUUCCAACUAAUAUUCAAACUACAUACUAUAUAUAUGUAUAUAUCUGUUAGGGAAACCGUACGAUUAAAGAGAACAAAGAAGGAACCAUUAAAGAAAGAAUGAAGAUUCAAUGUGAUGUUUGUGAUAAAGAAGAGGCAUCAGUUUAUUGCUCCGCUGAUGAAGCCACCCUUUGCCAACGAUGUGACUACCAAGUUCACCAUGCCAACAAGCUUGCUAGCAAACACAUUCGUUUUUCUCUAAUUCAUCCUUCUUUCAAAGACUCUCCUCUUUGUGACAUUUGCCAGGAAAGACGAGCCUUGCUAUUUUGUAAAGAAGACAGAGCAAUACUUUGCAACGAAUGUGACUUGCCUAUACACAAAGCAAAUGAACAUACAAAGAAACACAACAGGUUUCUUCUAAGUGGAGUGCAACUCUCUUCUGCUGUGGCUUCUAAUUAUGACCAAACUUCAUCAUCUUCAUCACCCACUGGAUCUGCUGCGAGUAAUGCUGGCACUAAGUCUAAAGCUCGCAGUGGUUAUUCUGGGAUUAAGAGUAAUUCGAUUUCGACUACAGAAUCAACACCUAAUUUUCAAGUUGAUUAUAAUCAAGAGGGUUCAGUUUCAACUAGUAGCAUAUCAGAGUACUUGAUUGAGACUCUUCCUGGCUGGCAUGUUGAAGACUUUCUUGAAUAUCCCUGUUCUUCUCCCUAUGAUCAAUUUUGAUCAGAUACGGCCGGCUGUUUAGUUUUUUCCACUACAAGAAGUGGGGUUACCUCUUAACAUCAAAUUAAGCCUGUAGAAAACAAUGUGUUGAAAGCAAUCAGCAAGAAAAAUGGAGCUCCUGUUCUUCAGAUACCCUUUAAAGGCAUCAAUCUUUUGAGACAUAAGACAGAGUUAUACAAGCUGUCAUCUGACCUUUUCUUUUGGUUACUAAUUUUGAUCAGUUACUUGGUUUUUGGAUAAGUAAAAACCAAACUGUUUUUGCAAGUCAAAUCACUUCGACUUGUUAGAAUCUAUCCAUCAGACAUAAGAAUGGGUUUUUACCGGAUCCGGGGUGCUCUUGUUUUUGCUUUGUGGGAGCUGAUCUUUUUGUAAUGGCUUUAUGCCCAAUUACCCGCUUUGAUUAUUGAAUAUGGUGUUCGUAUUUAACAAGUUA